AUGAUUAUUUUAAAACCGGAUGAAAAUCAAAGGACGUCGUUGAAAGCAUUAACGGAAAGUUUAAAUCGUUUGGAAGAACGUUUGGACACUGAUGAGGGUCAUUUAAGUUCGUUACAAGCACAAAUAUUAAACGUGACACGAUGGAAUGUUAAAAAAAAAGAUGAAAAAGAAGAUGAAAUACAAGAUGCGAGAUUAGCAGCCUUAGAAGAAAAAUUAGACGAACAUUUAGAUGACGAAUCCAUUUCGAUACCUACGACGACUACUUCGAUACCUGAAAUGAUUAAAAAUGGUCAUUUAAUUAAUAAUAAUAAUAAUAAUAAUAAAACGAGGAGCCUUCCUCAACUCAUUGAAUCUCUUAAGACUGUACAAAAAGAAUAUGACAAUAUUGUUCAUCAGUUGCCUCACGGUGGUAAUGCUGGUUGUGAUGGUGGUGGUGGUGGUAUUGGUGGUGUGUGA